AUGGAUCAGGCCAGCACUUUCAACAUAAAAAAAUCUAUCACUGCUGAACAAAUUUCUAAGUGGUUUACCUCGGGGACCUCAUUUGUCAGCAUUAAACUUUCUGAUGAGGUGGUUGAAAGAAAGAGUGAUGGACCAUCUUCGACAGAAACCAGUCCAUCGAAACCUCUUGAGGACAGUCUGCAGUCUGAUGGCGCAACGUGUCCAAAACAAGAACCUUCAAAAAGCACUGGUCCGCCUGUCCUCACAAGUAAUGAGUGUCCAAAAUUGCCCAUAUGCAAAAACAGACAAGAACUGAUUUCCCUCAUAGAAAACAACUCUGCUGUCAUCAUUCAAGGAGCCACAGGCAGCGGCAAAACCACUCAGCUGCCGCAGUACAUUUUGGACCAUUACAAUGAAAAAAAUGCCUCAUGCAACAUUGUGGUCACCCAACCACGAAAAAUUGGAGCCACCAGUAUUGCUCGAUGGGUUGCCACACAAAGGAAAUGCACCCUGGGUAGUCUGGUUGGAUAUCAGGUUGGGUUGGAGAAGUUGGCCACAGAGCACACUCGACUGAUCUACAUGACAACUGGAGUCCUUCUGCAAAAACUGGUUUCAGCCAAAUGCCUCACAGAGUUUUCACACAUUUUUGUGGAUGAGGUUCACGAGCGCUCAGAGGAGAUGGACUUCCUGCUGUUGGUUUUAAGAAAACUUCUUCAUUCCAACUCUCGUUAUGUCAAGAUAAUCCUCAUGUCAGCUACCAUUAACUGCAGAGAGUUUGCCGAGUACUUCGCCACACCAGUUCACGGUAAAAUGAGCCCCGCUUAUGUGUUUGAAGUGGAGGGGGCACCCUAUCCUGUUGAGGAGUUUUACUUGGAUGAUCUCCACAAACUUCUUCCAUGCAGGGUUGGGUCGCCUCAUCCAGAUGAUCCUUGUAUCUCACCGGAGAUGUACAGUCUUGCCGUCACUCUCAUCCAAAGCUUUGAUGAAAUGGAAAACAAGAAUUUUUGCCAGACGGAGACAAAUGAGGGGAUGACUUUCUCAGAAACAGGAAGUGUUUUGGUUUUCCUUCCUGGUUUACAUGAAAUACACUACAUGCAGGACGCCCUGGCAAAACUGGUGUUCAAAAGAUUCCAGGUUUAUCCCCUCCACUCGACAGUUACGCUAGAAGAACAGAACAGUGUUUUUCAUCCUCCUGUACCAGGAUACAGGAAGGUGAUCCUUUCCACCAACAUUGCAGAGAGUUCAGUGACUGUUCCAGAUGUCAAAUAUGUGAUUGAUUUCUGCUUGGCUCGUCACUUGGUCUGUGACAACGAGACUAAUUAUCAGUCUCUGCGUCUGACCUGGGCAUCCAAAACCAACUGCAACCAACGUAAAGGCAGGGCAGGUCGAGUGUCAAAGGGCUAUUGUUACCGACUUGUCACCAAAGCUUUCUGGAGGGAUGAAAUUCCUGACUUCAUGAUUCCUGACAUGCUUCUUGCUCCCCUGUCUACCAUCAUGUUGAAGGUGAAGCUUUUGGACAUGGGAGAUCCUCGCUCCCUCCUCUCCACAGCACUCUCACCUCCCAACCUGAGUGACAUUGUUAGGACUGUGCUUCAACUCAAGGAGAUGGGUGCUCUGUCGGCAAAAAACGAGUCCAGAAGUCAAAAUGACGAUGGCGAGUUGACGUUCCUUGGCCGAGUUCUGGCCCACUUACCUGUGGAUCUGUACCUGGGGAAGAUGAUUGUUCUGGGUCACGUCUUUGGCUGCCUGGAUGAAUGUCUCAUUAUAGCUGCCUCACACUCUCUGAAAAGCUUCUUUGCUAUUCCAUGCAUGCGUCAGCUUGCAGGCUACAGGAACAAGCUGGCUUUUGCUCGUGGCACGCCAAGUGAUUCAAUAGCCUUUGUCAAUGCCUUCAAGGCAUGGUACUCAUCAAGACAACAAGGACAACUGAGACACCCCAAGGAUGAGCUAAACUGGGGGAGUGAGAACUUCAUUCAAAUCAAGAGGAUCAGAGAGGUUGCAGAACUGUACGAAGAUCUGAAAAAGCGCGUGUCUCAGUUCAACAUGCACAUCUCAGAGGAGACUCAGGCUUCAGACUACACCAGCACACACAAGCAGAGGUUUAUUCUUCAGAUCGUCAUCGCUGGUGCCUACUACCCCAACUACUUCUUCCAAGCGGAGAUUGAUGACAACCUGGCAUCCAAAGAGCUGAGUGGCUUCAACCCAAAAACAACUGUGAUGGUUAGGAACCUCCCUCCGUACAGUUUUCUGUAUUACAAGCAGCUCCAGUCUUUGUUCCGCUUGUGUGGACAGGUCAAAAACAUUUCUUUUGAGAGCACCAGAGCAUACGUGGAGUUCUACAAUACAUCCGGGGACACGGGGGUCCUGCCUGAGGUGUCUCUUGCCCUCUUCAUGGCCAGCCAGAACUCUCCAAUGCAGCUUUCAGUCUACCCCACUGACCAGAUUGAAUCUUGUUCUGGGGGCAGACCAAUAACUCACAUGAAAUUUUCUCGUGUGAAUGCAGGCAUCCAGAGCCAGUCUGUCUCCCCAGUUGGAGUACUGAGCAGCAGCAUCGACCCGGCUAAGCUGCCUUCCAAUCGCCUCUUUGUUGUGAACAUCACAGAGGUGUUGGAAGUGGGUCGUUUCUGGGGGUUCCCAGAGGAUGAAGCCAGCUUGGAAAAGCAACGCCUUCUGACCGGAGAAAUCAACAAGCGUACCCUGAACCCUGUGGAGGUGUCUCUCUACCCCAACCUGCUGUGUCUGGCGCCGUACUCUGAGAGCAGUGAGCAGAGUUUGUAUUACCGAGCCAAGAUCUUGCACGUGCGCGGAAAUACUGUGGAGGUGUUCUUUUUGGACUUCGGCAACACAGCAGUUGUUUCCUGCAACAGCCUGAGAGAACUCCCAUCUGAUCUGCUGGCUCACCCUUUUCAGGCCCAGGAGUUCCAAAUUGCUGAAAUGUGUCCAUCAGCUCAGUCCGUCAUCCUGGGGAACCAGUGGAGCAGCAGUGCCCGCAACCGCUUCAUGGUUCUGCUGAAGGAUCAAUCGGUCAUUGUGUCUUUAUACUCCAUCCUCCACGGCGUCAUGCGUGUGGAAGUGUUCAUCAACAUGGAGUCAAAAAAGACCAGCGUGGUGGACAUAUUGUUGAAGGAGGGAUAUGCUGUGAGGGCAGAGGAGAACUUUGAUUCUCAGCAAAGCCACGAGGCACUGAUGACUCUGUACAAGGACAUGGAGAAAGGACCAUAUGUUCCCAAUUCUGCCAACAGUUCCUGGAAAGAGCGCGAGAAAGAGGAGAAGGAGCUUAUCGACAGUCUGCUUGCUCACUUUUCCAAACACCCCCCGUUCGGAUCAAAGGCACUUCAGGUUUGUCUGAAAGGACCAACGAGUCCUUACAAGACAAACUUCCACAGCUUGUGCCGAAAAAUCUAUUGCAGGACUGUGUCUGUAGAUAAGACCAGCAUCAACUCCAUGGCACUGAAUGAAAACCCACACUACAAACAUCUGAGGAUGUUGGUGGCUGCAUCAGUGUCAGUCAACUCCACAGGUACACGCAUAAUGCUGAGAGAAACGUCCAUCCUGCCUGACAUCCCUGGACUUCCUGGACUGGUAAUGAUGCUCUUCACCCCCAUCAUGGAGUUACGUACUAAUGAAGAAAGGACAUGCUACGCUGGUGCUCUCAUGGGCUUGGGCUUCAACAACCAAACCCAAGCAGCCAUCCUACCUGAGAACGACAUCGAGCUGGCCUUUGACACCAGAUUUGAUGUUGAGGACAUCACAGAGAUAAAUGCGUUGCGAGUGGCCGUUAACCGCCUGUUGUGCAACGGUCCCAGAAGCACGCUGCAUCUGGGACCUGACAAGAUCAGCCAACUUCAGGAGGACUGCCGAGACCGCCUUACCAGCCUCUUCAUGAGGUCUCCUCCAAGAGAAGCUGUCCCUCCACUGUAUUACGAGAAAUCAGGAAAGUGGAACCAAGUUGAUCCUUCUCUGAAGAUGAACAUCGCAGAACCAGGAGAUGGAAACACCAGAGGUGUUCUCUUCCAGCUUCAUCCGGUCAUUCUGCUCAACUAA